AUGGAGAUUGACCAAAAGCGUCAGUGCCAUUGCAAGAUUAUACUUCUUGAUGGAACGAAUAUGAAUAUCGUUGCUAAUAAAAACGGAUUAGGAUCUGAAGUGUAUGAUCAGGUUUUUUACACGCUUGAUAUUGACGAAAAAGAUUAUUUUGGCUUACAAUUCAUGGAUCAUUAUCAUGUACAACACUGGUUAGAUCCGAUGAAAAAAUUAAAUAAGCAGCUUUCGAUUGGGCCUCCAUAUACGUUUCGAUUUCGUGUUAAAUUUUAUUCUAAUGAACCGAAUAAUCUUCGUGAAGAGCUCACAAGGUACCAAUUCUUUUUACAGUUGAAACAGGACAUACAGUCCGGUAGGCUGGAAUGCCCGAAAGAUAUAGCUAUUGAAUUAGCUGCUUUAGCUUUGCAAUCUGAAUUUGGCGAUUACAACCCUAUUGAACAUACGCCUUCAUUCGUAUCUGAAUUUAGAUUUCAUCCAGAACAAGAUGAACAAAUGGAAAUAGCUAUUCUUGAAAAGUUUAUAGCAUGCAGAGGACAGUCGCCAGCAACAGCUGAAUUAAAUUAUUUGAACAAAGCAAGAUGGAUAGAACUCUAUGGUGUGGAUAUGCAUACAGUAGAAGGCAAAGAUGGCAACUUAUAUAAGCUUGGACUGACACCAACUGGUACAUUGGUUUUCGAUGGUUCGCAAAAGAUUGGCCUAUUUCUUUGGGAGAAAAUUCAAAAAUUAGAUUUUAAAAAUAAAAAAUUGACAUUGAUUGUUGAAGAAGAUGCUGAUCAAAGUGGUCAAAUACAGUUGCACACCUUUGUCUUUAAUUUGUCAUCGCAUAAAGCAUGCAAGCAUUUAUGGAAAUGCGCCAUUGAAUAUCACACAUUCUUUAGAUUACGAUAUCAGAAUUCAAAGAAUCGCAAAGCUUCACAUUUUUUUCGACUCGGAAGUACUUUUCGUUAUCGUGGUCGAACUGAAUAUGAAAAUGUGCAUAAAGAUGGUGGUCGUUUGUCGCGAAGGCAAAGCACCUUUGAACGCCGACCAUCACAGCGUUAUGGCCCGAGGCAAUCACUUAUCAAUCGUCGCAUACAACUUCGUGAUGAGAUCAAACAACAGGUAAGAAUAAUACCACCCUUGUUAAAAAAAUUUUCUUUUCACCUUAACUCGAUGAAUUUGGGGAAAUGGCAACCUUCUGAAUCAACUAAUAAUUUAACAGUUCUCGAAAGGGAUUCAAAUGGAUCCUUAGUAAAUUUGCUGAAGGAGCAGAUUUCGAAUAAGGUGUAA